AAAAUGCGCUAGCCGUGCUUUUGGACUUUUGAGCAAGACCAGUCGCUUUCGCGCUUGUUUUUUCCUUUCUACGACUGUCAUAUAGCUCUAUGGAGGACGAAUGCUAUCUCCUUAGGAAUCAUGAAAACGUCACAGCUCGCUGUAUCACGACCUGCAGAAUCCCAUACAAUGGUCAGCUUGUUUCUGUCCCUUCCCAGAAUCCCUCGUCAGUGUAGAUUGUCUUGCCAUCUGGAUGGGCCUGGACGUAAACAAAUUGACUCCCCUUCUGACGAGGAUGACAAGUUCUCUUCCCCUACCUGCUGCGUCAAGAAGCAAACCUCAAGAACCAGUGGUCGACGACUGGCUCCGGCUCAAGAUCUCCUGGACGGCCUCAAAACCCCGACAACCGCAAUCCAAACGAGAUCACUCAUCAAGAUGCUCAGUCUCAUCCUCGCUACAAUCAUAGCUGCCGGCUCCGUGCAAGCCAUGUCUAUGUCUAUGCCUGUCUUUGCAGGAUGCGUUGAGCAGAAGAACACCAAUUCCGGAUCUUAUCAGCUCAUAAAGAACCAGAUGUCCGCCAUGCAAUGUGCGAGCUCUUGCUUCGCUAUGGACACCAAAUACAUCUGGUCGUAUUACGCCGGAGCUGGGAAUGUCUGCGGAUGUGCAGAAACGGGUAUCACGCCUGAAAUGUACGGUACAGCUCUCGAUUCGUCUGGGGACUGCCCGCAGACUUCUUACGCCGUGAGUCGGAGCUGAAGUGAGAGGUCGAUUACCAUCCGCUGAUGCCGUCACAACCCUAGGCAUACGUGACUGCGUCGACGUAUUCAUUCGAAGGAUGUUUCGCCAGCUGGUCAUCGAUGCCUAUCAACAAGGCCCUCGCACACUUUGGUCUGACACUGGAGCAAUGUUUCCAGGUCUGUGGUGCAGAGGCCGGGGCAGUGUUCAUGACGGACAACAAGCAGUAUGAGACGAUCGGCACAUGUGGUUGCCCAGAAUCAGGACAAUCUUUCGCGCCUGCAGGUAAUGCGGUCACUUGUGAUC